GCUGGGCAAUGACGAUGCAAGCCUUUAAUUCCAGCACUAGUGAGGUGGAGACAGUAAUAUAAAGCAGGUGGAGACAGGAUCUCCCACCCACUCAGUCUGAAUGAAGAUUUGUAGAGGACAGCAAGCCAUCUAUUCAGCAUUCAUAAAAGAGAAAUUCAAAGAAGAGAACAGAAAGAAAUGGCUGAUUCUGCAAUAAACAAGCCCCAGGAUCUCUUGACAUUCCAGGAUGUAGCUGUGGACUUCUUCCAGGAGGAGUGGGAAUGCCUGGACUCUGCUCAGAGGACUUUGUACAUUGAAGUGAUGUUGGAGAAUUACAGGAACCUGGUCAUUGUGGAUAGAUAUCAGAGCAUGCACACUGGAGAAGAACCUUGCAAAUCUAAAGAUUGUAAGAAAUAUUUAAAUUUGUUCUCCAAAAUUUUUCAAGAUCAGAGAUUCUACUUAGCUAAGAAAGAGCACAGGCAGGGAGAAUAUGAUGACCAUUUCAACUCUACAUACAGUCUUAUAAAACAACUAAUCUACAUUGGAGAAAAUCCACAUUUAUGUACAAAAUGCAGAAAAUACUACAGUGCCUCCCCAAGCCUAACCAUACAUCAGAGAAUUUAUAAUAAAAAGAAACUCUACAAGUGCAACAUUUGUGACAAAUCCUAUAAUCAGAGUGCAAGUCUUAAAGCACAUCAAAGACUUCAUACAGGGGAGAAACCUUACAAAUGCAAGGAGUGUGGAAAGUCAUUUCGCCUGUUGGUAGUCCUUAAAAACCAUCAGAAAAUGCAUACUGGAGAGAAGCCUUACAAAUGUAAGGAAUGUGACAAGUCCUUUUCUGUGAAGUCAAAUCUUAUAAUUCAUCAGAGAAUUCACAGUGGAAAGAAACCCUACAAGUGCAACAUUUGUCACAAAUCCUUUGGCCAGCGCUCAAAUCUUAAAACACAUCAAAGAAUCCAUACUGGGGAAAAACCUUACAAAUGUGAACAAUGUGGAAAGUCAUUUCCUCAGGUAUCAUCACUUCAUAGCCAUCAGAGAAGUCAUACUGGAGAGAAGCCAUACAAAUGUAAGGAAUGUGACAAAUCCUUUACUCAAAAGUCAACUCUUACAAGGCAUCAGAGAAUCCAUACUGGAGAGAAACCCUACAAGUGCGACAUUUGUGACAAAUCCUUUCAUCGAUGUUCACAUCUUAAAACACAUCAAAGGCUCCAUACAGUGGAGAAACCUUACAAAUGCAAAGAGUGUGGAAAGUCAUUUCCUCAUUUAUCAGCAUUUCAUGGGAAUCAGAGAAUUCAUAAUGGAGAGAAACCCUACAAGUGCAACAUUUGUGACAAAUCCUUUAACCAGUGCUCAAACCUUAAAACACAUCAAAGACUCCAUACCGUGGAAAAACCUUACAAAUGCAUAGAAUGUGGAAAGUCAUUUCCUCGGUUAUCAUCACUUCAUAGCCAUCAGAAAAUGCAUACUGGAGAGAAGCCUUACAAAUGUAAGGAAUGUGACAAGUCCUUUACUCAAAAGUCAACUCUUACAAGACAUCAGAGAAUUCAUACUGGAGAGAAACCCUACAAGUGCAACAUUUGUAACAAGUCCUUUAAUCAGUGCUCAAACCUUAAAACACAUCAAAGGCUCCAUACAGUGGAAAAACCUUACAAAUGCAAAGAAUGUAAAAUGUCCUUUCCUUAGUUAUCAACAUUUCAUAGGUAUCAGAAAAUUUAUUCUUGGAAGAAACACUACAAGUGCAAUAUAGGUGACAAAUCCUUUUAUCAGUAAUCAAAUUGAAGCCAGGUGGUAGUGGCACACACCUUAAA